AUGCUAAAACAGCCAGCAUGCCGGCUGAGCUUAUCAACAGAACAAUGCCCAGUUACUGAUGAAGAAAGAGAUUACAUGAGCAAAGUCCCUUACUCUACUGCAGUAGGUUCAAUUAUGUAUUCAAUGGUAAGCACAAGACCAGACCUUGCUUACUCAAUUUGUUUGCUCAGUAAGUUCAUGUCCAACCCAGGAAAAGCACAUUGGACAGCAAUGAAACAUGUGCUGAGAUAUAUGGCAAGUACUACUGAACUGGGAUUUAAAUAUGAUGCUGAUUUUGCAGGGGACAAAGAUUCAAGAAAGUCUUCCACAGCUUAUGUUUUUAUGGUAUCUAGAAAAGCACAUUGGAUAGCAAUGAAGGAAUUUUUGAGCUGGGAUCAAAGAAGGGUCUACACCAAUGACUAA